UCAAUUCAUUGUUCUUCUGGUUCGAAUUCGAGUUUCCGCUCCCAAUUAUUUUCCUGCGUUUUCUCUUAUUUUCAAUUUCUCCAAAUUUUCAUACAAUCAAUUUCUCCACUCGUUGAAUAUCAACACUUGUUUUUCUUCGAAUUUCAACUCUACAACAAAAUCCUAUUCAAUAAUUUUCAAAACCCUAGUUCAUUCCAUGGCAUCGAAAAAGAAGCAAUCGGAAGGAAUCGCUUUAUUAUCCAUGUACAACGAUAACAGUGACGACGAAAUGGAAGACGCCGAAGAAGAAGAAGAAGAGAACGUGAUGCGCGAAGAGGAGCAAGAUGAGGCCGCUGAACAAGUGGCGGAGGAAGAUUUGGCAGCCGAUACAGAUAGAAUGACGGUUGCUGAUUCCGGCAACGAGGUAGCCGGUGAUGGUUUUACUCCGACAGAGAGGAGUUGGACGCCAUUGCAGGAGCAACUAAAGGUUGAAUUGAGGAGCAGUAGAAGUGCUACGCUUACGAUAGUUGAUUAUGGUCACGAUGAAGUAGCAAUGUCACCUGAACCUGAGGAUGGAGAGAUAGAUGGUAGUGGUAGAGUCAUGUUUGGGGAUCAACUUCAUGUAACCAAUGGUGAUUUGUUGGAUAGAACAUCAUCGGGAACAGUCCAAGUUUUGACACCUAAUAAUCAAGCUAACACUCCCCAAUUUUCCGAGACAUUGAAAUCUGAUGCCUUGUAUAAUGACGACAUGAUUAGGCCUGAUGAUGCAGAGGUUGAAGGAGAAGCAGAUCAUGAUGAGGAUAAACCUGUAGAUCCAUUGGAUAAAUUUCUUCCUCCUCCACCCAAAGUUAAAUGCUCAGAAGAGCUACAAAGAAAAAUAAAUAAAUUUCUGGAGUAUAAGAAAGCUGGCAAUUGGUUAAAGAACAUAAACGAUGGCAAUUUAUCAACAAUUAAUUACUUAAAACUUUUGAAAGAGUACAUAGCUGAAACGCAUGCUGAUCCUGGGAGCACCAAGCAUAAUUCCUGGUUGCGUACCCCCAGAAAAGCUGAUAUGAGGCGGGAAAGUGAUAGGAAAGAGCAAGAGAAGAAGAAAGCCCAAAACCAGAAGGUUGAUUUUACUUCUGGGGGUACGCAACCAGGAAUUAUGCUUGGUGCUCCCAGGAUCAGCAUGCCUGUUACAGGUGGCUCUGCUGCUUCUACAGGUGGUUUGCAUCUGGUGCCUCCUGCAGCUGAUUCUAUUAAUCGGGAUGGUAGACAGAACAAAAAAUCUAAAUGGGACAAGGUGGAUGGUGAUCGAAAAAAUCCUCUGCCCUCUGUGGGGCAGGAUUCUGUAUCUACAGCUGGGUCUCAUGCAGCAAUUUUAUCUGCUGCUAAUGCUGGCGGUGGAUACAUGCAAUUUGCGCAGCAAAAACGACGAGAGGCAGAGGAGAGAAGAUCUAGCGAAAGGAGGUUGGAAAGAAGAUCGUAAGCCAUUCAUUUUGUUCUGUUGUAACAGACAUUGUUGUAAGCGGUGGUUGAGAUUUCUCUGCAUUACAUUUUUGCUUGUUUGUUAUUUCGGCAACGAUAAGAGACACUGUAUAUUCUCAGAAAUGAAAAGAAAUUUACUGUUUCA